AUGGCUUCCGCAAUGCUCUCCCAUAGACCGCCAAAGGCACGAAGACCUCACAUCUCAAGUGGCAGCGCAUCACUCCUUCCCCGGUUUCCUACCACCUCAUCAACCAACUUGACUUCCGAACGGCCCCCACAAGCCUCUACAUCCGUCUCCGCCUCCGCGUCGCAUCCACUUUCCUCCCACACCACCACCGACCUCAUGGACGAAUCCCUCCUCGAUUUCGAUCAACUCCUCGUCCAGUCGAGCCACGCCUCCCAUCCCGGUGAAGGCGCCCCGACGAGGAUGAUGAUGUCUUCCAAUCUGUUCGACGAGGGUUCGUCCAUGUUGAACGACGCGCAGAUGAGCUUCUUGCACCACGACGAAGAAUUUACCAUGGUCGUACGCGAAAGGGAGGAUAAUAACAUGGAUCCGGAUGAUACAAGGCAGGUUCCAGAGGCGGGUACGCGGGAACAACGGCACGUGGAGGAACGCGAGGCGACGAGCCAGGGAGCGACUGCGAAUCGAGUGGCCCCUAUUGAAGCUGCCCCGACCGAAGCCUUAGAGGAACACAUCGCCCAACAGCCGCAACCAUUGCGCACAGCUUCACAGGGUGAGUCAUUCACAACUGAAGGAGAUAUUUCGUUGAACUAACACUUAGCACCUCAGAAUCACCGAUCGACACGCGCCUCCUCGACCGAUCCCUCCCUACGAACCGACGGCGAUCGUCCAUUUCGCCCAUCCUGAAACGCAACGCGGUCGUUCCCUUGCCCGCAUUGAACGAAAAUGAUGUAGUUGCGCAACCCGCUAGGGCUUCUACGAAAUCCAAGCCUUCGACUUCAGCUUCCUCCACAUCGGCCUUGCCCUCGAUCCUCGCGACAACUGCUGCUUCAGUUCGGCCCGUGAAACCGGCGCAUAUCCUACCCAAAGAUCACCCUAGUCAUCCAAGAGUGAUCGAAGCCACCCUCAUUCCGAUACCCCGAGCCCGGGAACGUUCUCGCUCGAGGCCAACGUCUUCCGAGCCGACCCUUUCCAGGUCCUCCGAAGCCAAGGCCGAAGCCGAACGAAAGCUCUUCCCUUUGGUAUCAACACAACGUUCCUCCGCCUCGGUCUCACCGAUCACGAAAUUGGCUCUACCUGCACCUCCACUCGCGCCACCACCACCCCCACCUCCUCUCCCAAGAUCCCUCCCUAUCGGCGAUUACCUCGCUCCAUUGGCCGAAGUCUCCGAUGAGGAAGCGCAAAGUCCUCAAAGGGAGGAUCGGUUGGAGUCGUUUGAGACUACGUUACCGACACCUUAUAGAUCAUCACCACCGCCAGCGUGUUUAUUUAAGCUUAUGGAGGAGCAGAGGGAGGACGCGAUGAAUCAGGAUGGGGAAGAGGACCUCUUCGAACUAGAGAUGGACGUAGAGGGAGGCAACGACGAUCGAUACGAGGCGCUGGAUGCAGAUGGGUCAUUACCGAGGAUCGGGGAGUCGUUGAAGGACUUUGAACGUCAUAAUAGAGGCAACGACCGAACAGCAAAGACUGGGAGAAGGAUGACGACGAGCACGCCUGCUAAAGCGGGAGUGCUGAGUGGGGUGGGAAGGAGGGCUAGUGUCGUCGCGGCAGCGGGAGCGGCACGGUCAGCGGGGCUGAGAAAGGUGGUACCAGAGGUCUUGGAGCAGGAGCAGGAGGAGGAACGGGAUGGAGGGAUGAUGAGACCGAUCUUGCCGGAGAGGUACCGAGUGCAGUCUCCCUUCGGUUCCCAAUCCGUUACGGCAGUCAAAGAGGUCAAAACAUCCUCCACGGACCGAGCACUUCCUCCGCCUCCCAAAGCGCCGCUCCCACCUCCUGUCGCGAGCUCAAGUUCGGUACCACGAGAUCCUUCGCUUCCGCAAAGACGAAGAGCUUCAAGGGCGUUCGAAGUGGGACAUCAUCCUCCCGCGGUGGCGGCUCCACGCCCCCAAGUACAAGAGCCGAUCCCAGCGACUACAACGGCGUCUCGACGAGCUUUGACGACCAUCUCGCACCCCUGGCCCAAAGCCUCCACGUCGACAAAAGUCUCCACUCGGACGCCUAUACCCUCAAUUCCUACCACACGAGCUACCGAGGUCGCUCCACCCAAGACCACCCUCCGACUCAACUACACUUAUACGCGAGAUCCACCGACAGCGCAGUCGGUUCUAACAACGAUCCGUCUCUUCGAUCCUUGUGGACCCAUACAUGAAGAGACCGAAGGCCAGCAAGGGCUGGCUCCGCCCGAAAUCGAACGCCCUCGUCUUCCAGCUAAGAUUGGGGAUCUGACUGUCCCGAUGCAGAAUACUUUUGGAGCGAGGGCGGAGGAGAGAGAGCGGUUGAGGAAGGAGAAGAAGGAACGGAUGGCUUUGGGUUUGGAAGCGGAGAUUGGUGAAGGGGUCCGAGGGGGGGUGAAAAGGGGUAGUUCGGCGAGGGGGGGUGAGAGGGGAAACAAGAGAUCCAAGUUGGACACGGGCGCUUCGUCCGUUGAUGGUGGGGUGUUGGGUACGAAAUCCAGACAGGUAAAGGUCGGAAGCAUUCAAUGUGCCGACGACUGGUGACUCAUUCUCCACCUUCUCUUCACAGAACCUGCCCUCCACCACCUCCGCCGCGGCUACCGCCCCUUUCAAGUCCACCUCCACCUCCACCUCCACCCAGCCCAAACCUUUCACCUUCACCUCGCUCAAUCGUCAACGUCCCGCCCCAUUCAACUCGAUAGCUAUCCACAACCCCUCCUCUCUUCAAGCGCAAAGUGAAGUCGCGCUGGCGUUGAACAAAGCCUCUAACCUCGAUCGCUUGGGAUGGAGCGAACGGCAAAAGUUGAGGGAGGAGGAGGUGAGGAGGAAGAAGGAGAUGGCCAGGAAGGAGGAGGAGGUGAGUUCUGGGUAGCUGUUUUGAGGGUGGGGAGGGAAUGGUUGGCUGAUCGAAGUGCAUGUGUUUGGUGUACAGGAGGCUGAACGACGGAAGCUUAAGGCUUUGAAGGAGAGGUUGUUGCAAGCCAAAGCUCCGGCUGUGGCAUCGGGCGGCGCAACGAGUGGGAUGAGACGAUGA